AUGGCUCCUGCCGAGUCCAUUAAGCGACGCGAGCCAUCGCGAAGCGUUGAAUUAAGAACAUGGUUUAUCGAACCUGUGUUUGAUUCAGAUCGUAACCUAUCGACGGGUCUGAUCCGUGUGUGGGGCAAGAUCAGAGUUUCGCGACAUCCCACCAAGUGGUGGCGCUCCUCUUCUAUUCGCCAGCGGGUAUCUUUCAACAAGCUUAAGACUAGGUACGGCACGUGCGUAAACCUAAAAGGAGGCAUUUCCAAAAGGUAUGCAAACAAACUGCGGAUGCACGCGGAUGCAAUUCAAUGUUUUCGGGAUGGGUUCCCGGCUACCUGGAGGAAACUUUUGGGACAGUCGUUCACUCCUGAAAUCCUUCGCGAAAGCAAUGAGCGCGCGAAUAUUCGGAGGAGCAGUCGACCUUGCAAUCGUUCAAACAUCAAUGUGGGAGAGCAGGAACGCUCGCCUGCCGAGGAGAAAAAUCCCAAACCACCUGUGCAAAAGAAAUUAAGGCGAAGCAGUAGGCGGGCAUCGCAGGUGGUUAGACCGAGAGCCAAGGAUCAACAAGAACAAACUUGGAAGGCUAGCCCAGCGAUACGGGAAAGACCAAGAAGAGCGAAGGCGAAAAUGUCGAACGUGGAGGCAGAGGGCGCUAUAGCGCAGGGGACUCUCGCGCGAAAUCUACGCGGAGCUAAAGAUGCGAAGCAAGCACGAAGAGCAAGGCGUGUUGCGUUUGCAGUCUCACCGAUGGGAGCGACGGGGCCGGUAGCAUCAAUGCCACAUGAAGCGGAUAGGGCGACGGGCGGGAAGAAACCAACGGCAAGGAUGAAAGGCAGUCCGAAACCGCGGUGGUCUGCCGCUCAGCGUGAAGAGUUUGACCGUCAGCGUAACUCGGUGGCGGCGGACGCGAGCAACUACUGGGAGGUGAUAGCCAGCGGGGUGCGCGGCAAAACUGGGGAAGAGUGCCGAUUAUUGUGGGAGUCGUCUUGGGCGUCUCCGCAGGCGAGCGGGCGCAAGCGGGAGGCGGUGGGGCUGUCGAAACGGCCCGAGGAGAUGAUGCUGGAGAUGCAGAACGCGGCCAAGAGCAAGCGGGGGCGGAACACAGCUAAGUUUCGGAGACAGGCAAGGGAACUCGCUGAACUCGUGUCGGCCGGGACACUGGAUACGGUGCUGGAGCCGUGCGUGCCGGGGGCAGCGGCGGCGAGGGACGUGGUGGUGACGCCGCGACUGCAAGGGAUUGGGGUCGCGUGUAAGGGCACGCCUGGGACAGAGGUGCGGCAACUGCGGGAGCGGAACGAGAGGGCGGCGACGGCGACGACGCCGGAGAUUUUGUCGAGGGGCAGGAAGAUUGGAUUCGCGGAGGCAGAUCAGUAUGUGUCAUUGUUUAAAAGACGGGCUGGUAAGGGCGGGGAGAAGGCGUAUGGUGGAGAGCUGGAUGAAGGAAGCGGGAAAGGGGGUGGGGGAGACGAGGGGGUGCGAGAGUUGGCGGCGGUAGAAGACGACAAAGGCUGCUCUUCGGAUGAUUCAGAUGAUAGCUGUCCUUUCUUUUAA